AUGACUUCUUUCCAUAGUCGAGUCAAGCGUCGACCGGGAUCACCCACUCCGGGGUGGUUUACGCGUGGGCCAGAUGGUUAUAACUCUGAGAGUCUGUCUGUAUAUGAGCAUGGCGAUUUCUGCCCCGUUUUGCUGGGUGAUGUGAAGGGUGGACAGGAUUUGCUUCAGAGUGGAAACACGAUCUCCUUCAAAAUCGUAGCCAAGCUGGGCUACGGCUCCUUCUCGACUGUCUGGCUGGCCAAAAAUGUUAAAACCGAUGAAUAUCUUGCACUGAAAUUUCUCACACUUAAGUGCAGUACCCGUGACAAUACUGAAAUGAGGAUUCUCAAAAAGCUAGGGAAGUUGCGCUGUGCAUUCUUCUACAAACAUAUCAACAAUCUCGAAUAUCUAUGUCUAGGCAUGGAUCCUGCAGGGUCAAGUCUACACGACCGAGAGAACAGCGAGGUCCCCCUUCCAUCAAGCAUAUCUACAAUAACGACCUUUAUAAGCUGUCUGGUGAAUCGAGUGUUAACGCUUCAUCAGUUGGGCAUCCAUCAUGGGGAUAUAACUAGCAAGAAUGUUGUUCUAGGAUUGCAUAAGGAUGCCUUCACUUCUGAGGCCCUCCACAAUUCGUUCAUGUGCGACUGCAACGUGGAUAUUUUUUACAUCGGUGAAGAAGGGGAAGCGCCAAGUCUACCUCCGAAUUUGCCGAAGUAUAUUGUUCAACAUGAGGAGAUUGGGCUGUUAACAGACAAAGAAGAUAUGUCCAAAGUGGACCUUAUCGACUUUGGCUUAUCUUUUGAGGAGCCCACAAAGACGAAGGUCUGGGGAACCAAAUACUACCAGGCGCCUGAGAAUGAAGAAGGACGGUGUGCGUCCGCAAAGUCAGAUUUAUGGAGUUUAGGUUGCGUGCUUCUUUACGGUCUAGCCGGCGAGAAUUUCUUCGAAGAACAUGAUCAGCAUGAUUACCUGAAUCAUGAUGAUGAUAGCCAACUCCUCAUGAUUGAUGAUCAUCUAAGUGAAAAUCGUUGCUUAGGAAAAAACAUUAGUUUCAGGAUGUUGAUCGGAGACAUUAUUCACCAUCUCCUUCAGAAGGAUCCCUCCAAACGCGAUCCCGAUACUGUAAGAGAUCUCCUGCGAAAGCUCGAAAGUGGAGAUUACGGUUAUGACAGUGGGAACUCUCAAGAUGGGUCCAGUGAUGAGAACGAGAUUUAG